AUGGCGGCGAGCGGGAGAGUGGGAACAGGCCCAGGGCGUGGCUGCUACGGCUGGACGCUGGAACAAGCACCAAGCAGCGCACGCAGAGGGGGGGUGGUCACAUCAGCUUUGUACCUAUAUGGGUACCUGUACGUGUGCGAGUACCUGUACUGUGCUGCAGAACAGCACUUGCACUCACGGCGGCGCACGCCUGGGCAGGGCAGCGACAGGGCAUCGACAGGGCCCCAGGCGGGUGGAGGCCAGCACGAGGAGGUACCCGGAGCUAGAGGCUCAGGUAGCGAGGUACGAGUACUUUGCGCCUUGCACCGCGCGCAGCCAACGUUGCAGCACGAAGGCCCAAGGCUGGCAGAGGCUUCUCCAGCGCUGUUCCGGCGAUGGCCAGCAGUCGAGUUCUCCCCCGGAGACCGCCCAGCAGCGCUCCAUCCAUGCUAUUGGGCUAUUGGGCUGACCGACGAUUCCCAGCGUCCACUUCAGGGUCGAACUGAUUUCAACGGCCACUUCUGGACGAUGCUGGGUCGACAUUACGGGACCUCUUCCGGUACAUGUACAUACCUAGGACCAGACGACAAAAAGGCGGGCCAGGGCACCGCGGUACUCCGCCAGGCCAAGGAGCUCCCAGCCUAA